GACAUAUAGGUUUUUGUAUUUAUAAAUUGUUGAAGUACAUUAAACAUAGGGCAUCGCAAAUCACUGGCAACUUUUUACUUUAAAAGUAAACAUUAAACAGGUGGUAUUUAAAGCUACGGUAUCGUUGUAUUUAAAGUUUGACAAAACCUCUUUUAUAUAUAAGACAACGUUUAAUUCAUCGGACAUAUUUAUACAAAUACUUAGUAUUAUAAAACGACACGGUGGAUUUAACUAGUGGUAUUAUUAGUUAAGUAUUUUGAAGGUAGUGAAUAUUUCAAAAUACUAAGUCAACUACGGUGUAGAAGUCAGUCGCCAGUUAGAUAAAAAAAAAUAGCGAUGUGGUUUGUGAAAUUAAUACAUUCUCAACAAAAAACAUAAAACGUGUUAAAUAAUUUAUGUGGGAAAGUUAACUAUGAUACAGCAAUAUUGAAAUAAUGCAAGGAACGAAUUGUAACCAGUCGUUAUAACAUGUGAAAAAAUACAGUAAACAGGCAAUCCAACAUCACGUGAUGGGAAAACAGUGGAAGAAGAGGGAGCGACCUCAAGCGGAGGUUUCUAGCGAUUACAAAUGGAGUUCUCAGAAUUAUACGUUGAAACAAGUUAUGAAAAAUUUCAAACUACCUGUUGUGGUACAAUGCAGCGAAGACACGAGUGCUGAACAUUUACAGAACUUUUUCUUUGAUCUUCGUCAACCAGUGCUUUUACACAGUAAACGAACAAGCCGGAAGGUGUUUGCGAGAUGCGUGCGCAAGGGGGAAGGCGGAACAAUAAAAGAACUUUUACCGGAAGUUGUCAUUCCUGAAGAUUACGCGGGGUGGUUCAAAAUCAGUAAAGGUCUCGAAUUUAGCAAACCUUCAUCUCACCGAACUGUUGAAUCUAUCACAAGAGCAAAUACUGAUUUUUUCCUCUGUACGACAGAAUUUGAGGCAAUUGUUGUUACGGAAUCGCCCGAAGGUGAAAAUGAGAGUCACGGAAGCUUUUUGCGUCCUGUCGUUGAAGGCGAGGUAUUACGAAAAAUCGGCAUUCAGAAGCUAAAUCAGUUAAUGCUCCCUGAAGCGCAAAGGUCUUUAGAUAGGGACAAUCGAUACCUGCUAUGUAUAGACGAGAGAGACUGUGAACUGUUUGUACCAGUGUCGCAGACUGGAUUAUUUUACGAAGUGUCGGACGGGAAUUUUAACAAGAAUGACAACUGUGUAGUGCAAAUCUCCGAUGUUUUAGACGAGAUGGUCGAAAUGCCAAUAUAUGUCAGACAUAUUCUCGGAGAUCCACCACCAAUCUCGAAAUUCUAUUCACCUUGCCUGAAACUUACGCGCGUGACAGAGGAAGAAACUGUCAUGGGAUCAACUCUAGAUUCUGAAGACGAUGCUCUGCCUCUUGAAAUUCAAACUCACUCACCUAUUAAAUUUGAAAUCUCUUUGAAUACCCCAAUGUUGCAAUCAUGUGCAGAAUAUACGGAAGCGAUUGACAUGUGUAAUAGCGUGUCACAAAACUAUGUUACUGAUAUGAAACUCGCCGUUACAUUCAAGGUCCCAGAAGUAGAAGAAAACAAUGAAACAGACGAUAAACUUGCACAAUCUAAUCCAUCAUAUGUUCCAGAUGAGGAUGAAAGCCAACUUUCUGUACCUAACUCACAAAGAACAUCAACUUCUGUUGGGCGUGGGAGUGAACUUGGAGAGGUUGACGCUAAUUCAGAAUUUAGUAUAAAUUGGGACCCUGAUAAAGUACGUCAAUCUAAGUCUAAACUUGCUGAUAAACCUGAACAAGACAGUGAAAGUAUUGGAAGCAUAGACAAUGAACAAGCUGUGAAACUAAACAGUUUGUUAGGCGGUUCGUAUUUUGAUACGGAAAGCCAAGAAGGGCAAUCCUCAAAUAGCUUGGUAGAAACAUGGACACAAAGACGGUUUUCGGACAGUAAUUCGAAUGAAAUAUUAAAUGAUAUUCCAAACCGUAAUAUAGCUCAUAUUUACAUGAACUCUGAUAUUGCACCAUAUGAUGUUGUAGUAGACGAAGUGACAGAUUUUUCAAUGAACACGUCGAUAAAUGAAGGAAGUGAUCCGAGCACCUCUACCGCAAUAAUACGACCACCAAGUCCAUUCUCUGACGAUAUUAGAUCAAUACCGAGCACUGUAACAGUGUCUUCCUGCUCGAAAAUUCACUCUUCAUCUUCAACAAUAGACAGUUGCAGAAGUCAAGUUGACUUAAGUGAUCAUUUUCCUAGUAUUCAUUCUAGUGCAACCAGCAUUUUAAGUACGGAUAGCAAUGGCGUUCUCAAGCCUGUUAAUGCAUCAUACACAUUUACUGGAGAUGUUUACAUAAACCAAGACAUAACAAGUAGUCAUAGCAGUGUUGACAGGUCAUUCAGCAGUGAUGAAAGUGUUGACGGAAGUUGGCACAAUUGGAAGGAGAACAAAUUCAGGGUUAUAAGAAGCAGAGACAUACCUCGAAAUAAUACAAACAACUUGCAUGGUAACAUGAUUAACCAAAUAAACGCCUCAAAGGUACGAUCUUUAUCGGAAGAUCUGAUUCAGUUCGAUGAACCAAGUAGAACGUCUUCUACAAGCAGUAUUCUAACCUGCAAGGUUGCAGAUGAAAUGGUGUCGAGUUGCAAUGACUUGCGGCUCUCCUUAGAGGAAAUUACUCGAAAUGCGAGAGAAAAUCAUACAGAAAAUUCAUGGCGACAGUUUUGUUUGGAACGCUCAAGUUCUCUUCCGGUAAGGACAAAAGUCAAUCCCAAUAAACAAAUAACAGAAAUUGAUGAACAUUCCCAAAGCUGGGAGCAACUCAGUCCAAGACGGAAUGAGAAAACGUCAAACGCGAGUACGCCGCAAAAUAAUAACCAAUCAGUAAAAGCUACUCGUACUUUAAAUCAUUUAAAUUUAGAUUUUAGUGAUUCGUUUGGAGAUAAAGCUCAGCUUAUUUCAGACACUUGUUCGGAAUACAGUGCGCAGUUAUCAAAUCGCAGUAGCGAAAGUAUUGAUCACGAAGCAAACACGUCUUUCGCUCUCUCGGAGUCGUCUGAUAUGUCAGUUACAGACGGACCGGAAUCAGUUUUGGCGGCAAUUGCCGAGAUGGACAUGUACCUUGAUGGAAUCAGUGUAAGUAGUAGGUCAAGCGUACGAAGUGAUAUCGCACAAAAAUUAAAAAUAAGUAAUGAGAUUAGAAGAAAGCAACUAGGGGAAUGGAAUGACAUUGUGGAAGUUAUAUAGUCGGUAUAAUACAUGUAUUAUAUUGGUAUGUACUAGUAAUUGAAUAAUGACGCACGUUGUGACAAACGAGAAAGAUGGAAUAAUGAAUGAUAUUUUUUCUCGAUUAAAUUAAUCUUCAUUUAUUUAACCUAAUUCUAUUCAAUGUUUGCCGCCUUAUUUAUCAUUGCAUUUGUUUGACUUUCUCAUUAAUUCGAUAUUUUUUGUUAAUUGUCUUUGUUAAUUUUUGUGUUUUCUAACCAAACAUUUAUACAAACUGAGCGAUAUUUGAAUACAAAAAUAAAAGGCAAAUAUAAAAUUUU